AUGGCACCAAUUGCACCAGAAGUUUUAUGGGCACAAAGAUCAAGCACAUCUGAUCCAUUGCAUAAUAUCAUCUACCUUACAAUCAACUUGAAGGAUCCUGAACAAUCAAGUGUCGAAUUAGAUAUUAAGGACACUUCUUUGGAUUUGAAUGCAAAGAGUACUACAUCUGACGAAGAGUACAGCUUACAUAUUGAUUUUUACAAAGAGAUAGAUUCUUCAUCAGUUCGUGAGGUUAUUACUGGCUCUCAUAUUUUCCUGGUCUUGGUGAAGAAGGAACUACAGGAAGAAUAUUGGCCACGGUUGACUAAGGAAAAGCUAAAGUACAAUAAUAUCCGUACUGAUUUUGAUAAAUGGGUUGAUGAAGAUGAACAAGAUGGUGCUGAUGACGAGAAGUUGGACCCUAUGGCUGGUCUCGGGGGAAUGGAUGAUCUGAGUGCAUUUUCUGAAAACAAUAUGGACUUCUCAGAGCUUGCGAAACAAUUCGGAGGAAAGGGUGGCUUAUCAGCUGGUGAUGCUGGAUCUGAUAAGUUUGGCGAUUUGGCCAAUGCAGAAUUUAGCUCUAGCGGUGAUGAAGACGAAGAUAACGAUAAAGAAUCUAGCCAUGGUCAUGAAGAAUAA